AUGGAUCUUCGCGUCGACAUCGUCGAGACGAGGCUCUGCCUGGACCAUCGUUGGCGGCCACCAGGUAUGUUCGUUAUCAGGUAAGUGAAUUUGCUUUGUCUCUUUCCUCUGUCUGCUUAAAUUCCGUAUUGUUUGCUGCUCUUGUUGUCUGCCCUCUAUGUGUUAGUCUGUCUGUUAUUAUUUAGAUGAAACACUUGAUGCUGGCUACGACUGUCUGUCUUUUAGUCUAUGCCUCUCACGGUUUAUAGUUAGACGUUACUAUGCUUGAUCUCGGAGGAUGCCCUCUCGCUUCUUUCUUUGAAUUAUGAAUGUGUCUGCUUUUCCGCUCUAGCUAACUGUAAGUCCAAUAGCUUUCUUUUGUUUGCAUGCUCUCAACAAAUUCAUUACCAUCACCACCAAGGUGCCAGGUUAAUUCGGGUCGUUCUCUCACUAACAAAAAGUCCUGGCCCAUAGUGGAGUUCGACAGCCGUCUGGGAUAACCGGGCAGCCCUGUUCAGGGAUGCGUUGCCUGCCCUCGCGAGGGGGGAGGGGCUAGAAAAGGUACCCUAAAGAUCGCUGGGAACCACGCUGUCUGUAGGCUGGCCGUGGCCGCAGACAAAAACACACGGUCAAAACAGCCAAAACCGAAACAUCAACAACAACAACAACAACAACAACAACAACCACUCUCUUCCUCUUCCAGCCUAUUCUUCUUCUUCUUCUUCUUCUUCUUCUUCUCCUCCUUGUUUUCACCGCUGCAGUCGUCGAAUGCGUUCUCACCUUGGAGACAUGCACGUUGACGAUAAAUUUGUCAAGGAGAUGUUUCUAGAGCGUCUGCCUACAGAUGUUCAAACGAUCCUGGCUUCCGGCUCUCAAGGCCUUGCGGUCUCACAGCUGGCUGAGAUGGCGGAUCGAAUGAUAGAGGUGCAGCGAUUCCAGUAACCUUCCGUCGCCCAGAUCUUCUCAUCUUCAUCAUCAGUGAAUGAAAAUCUAAUAAAACAGGUGUCGGCCAUGGCGGAUGAGAUGUCUUCCCUCAAAAUACAGUUCGCCCGCCUAACUUCCAGUCGCUCACGCAGUCUUUGUCGUUCUCGUUCGCGACCUCGGACUGCCAAUACUUGCUGGUAUCACACUAAUUUCGGCGUAAAGGCCCGCCGCUGUUCCUUACCCUGCUCUUUUAAGUCGAAAUAGGGAAACCAGUCGGCCAGAGAAUAAAUGCGACCGGCUCUUCCGGCUCUGGUCGCACCUUCUAUGUUUGCGACACUGCGACUCGCAGACGUUUUCUGGUGGGCACUGGAGCCCAAAUCAGUGUUGUUCCCCCAACUGCAGCUGAUCGUCGUUUCCCUAGCCCUGGUCUUCACCUCCAAGCUGCCAACUGUUCCCCCAUUCCUUCUUUUGGCAGUCUGUCCCUCACCCUAAACAUUGGUCUUCGUCGGUCAUUCACCUGGAUCUUUGUGAUUGCUGAUGUCCCUCAUGCAAUUCUUGGCUCGGACUUUCUUGCCGAGUUCGAUCUUCUUGUUGACUGCCGACGUGCCCGUCUUCUCGACCGCGCAACCGGUCUGUUUGUUCGUGUACUAACCUUCUUUACUGCCCCCACCAACUUAUCUGUCUUGGAUACGGAUAUUGUUAAUCCUUUUCGGCAACUGCUGCUUAGUCACCCCAACAUAAGUAACCCCAAGUUUCGCAGUGGUGAGGUUCAACAUGAUGUUGUGCACCAUAUCCGCAACUCAGGUCCUCCUGUGUUUGCUCGACCGAGACGCCUAGCACCGGAGCGUUUUCAGGCCGCAAAGGCGGACUUUGAACACAUGCUGCAACUGGGAAUAAUUCGACCGUCCGAGGGCUCUUGA